UCAGAUGUUGUCGUUCUAUAAGAAAGAAGUGAAAGCACAUGACUACAAUGCACAUGAUAAUCGUCUUCUGAAUGCUCCACCUGAAGCUAGAAGCAGUGGUGAGGAUAAGAGGUUGCACAGAGCAUUUGUGAAUUAUUCAGGAGGCAAAUGUGCUUGCAGAGUCCAGUUUCCUUUUUGUUGUCUGCAGGCUGUCCUAUCAGAUGAACAAACAUUGCCAGUGUGGGCUCGGAAAUCUGACACACCCUCUGUACGAGUCCUCACGUGAUGCAUCUUUACAAUGCUUCUAAACACGCUGUUAAGAUGAAUACUAUUUUGUUGUUGACCACAGCCUCGCUGCUGUGUUAUCAACAAUACAAAUGGCAGCUUGGCAGCAGCAACUGAGCAACAACUCUCCCAUGAGGCAGAAAUACAUGUUUGAAUCUAGUAUAGUGUAGAGAAAUAAAUGACACUCCCAAGGUUAUGUGUACAAAGACUUCCCAUUUUAUUUGCAUUACACAUGCUUUUAUUGUUCAGAUGGUGCUCUGUACACUUUAUUGUGUUUAUAAUAGCAUGUGACUGCCAUUUAAGUCUCUGAUACUAAUCUUCAGAUCAUCUUAACAGAGACUAACUUAAGCAUCUGCGCUGGCAGGGAAAGGACCUUUAAUAUGGAGCAUGGCUGUGCAAACAGAUGUAUCCUGGUUAAUAAGUAUUUGAUAAAUGUCAGGUAUCAUUACUCCCCGCCCUUUAUUCAAACCAUGAUUUCCUUCUGGAGAGCUAGAAGUAUGUUUAAGCAAGUGAAGAAGAGUUAUCUCUCAUAAUAUUUUGGGGAAUUGUUUUAGAAAUGUACAUAAUACAUUCUAUGCAUGAAAACAGCAAGAUGCUGAAACUGAAACGUAACCCUGCAAAGUAAGGCUUUGUAUUGCGGUAACUUUAACUCUUCCAUUACACAACAUAACAUUUGAAUAGUUGUGGGAAAAGGCUUUGUUGAGUCAACAAAUUGCAUAACCAAAUAUUGAUCUAUGGCGUAUUUACAUAUUCCGUGUAUGGAUACUGAAGCUGCAUGUGACUUGCCACAGGUGGUGCAUGAAAGGGCCCCGCCUCUGCAGAGCCAGUGAUGCAAAUUGUGCCUCAAGAGCUAUCAUUUUACACUUGAUCCUUUGGGCACGGAGGCACAGUCAUCAGAUCACAGCAGCUCUCUUACAAUGACAACCAGACAGUUACUAUCAGCUGAGAUGCACUGACAAUAACGCUCAAUAGGAUCAGCCAACCAACUAUUGCCACCAACAUUGCUACAGCUAUGCCCAUUGCGGAGCUUUUGGGAGUCCAGUUCGACAUGCAGCUGCUGUGGAAACUUAGUGUCUCUGCGGCUGCAGUGCUGCUGGUUUCUUGGGGCUACAGGUUCUACAGCUCCAGGCAUCGAAGAAGAAUCCAGCUCUAUGUCAAAGACAAAGAGCCAGGAAAUGCAACCUGCCAAAACUGCGAGACAACACUUCAACAUCAAAGCUCAACAAAACAUGAGACAGAUGAUGCGGGCCAGCAAUCCAGAUCGUUGCUAGCAGAUUCAGAUGACCUGACACAUCAGGUUAAAACAAGUGAGGAUGUGUUUGCAACAAACGAUGACCACGAUACCAGCAUGGAUGAAGAGAUAAUCACUUAUGAGAAGCAGGGACAGGUUGCCACCAGUAAUGUUAUGUUUGGAUCUGCUCUGAAACUCCCUGAUCCAACAGAGAGUGGGAUGGUCAGUACAACGGGGCGGCGCUCCCCUUGCAUUUUGCAGAAGCUGGAGAGAAGUGUGGGUGUGGGCCGAGAGUUAAGACAGGACCUGGAGAGCAAAGGGUCCUACUCCAGCUUCCUCUCCAAGGCAGAGGUCAAAGUGGAAGAUGCAAACAUAGUGCUAGAAGGGACAGGAGACCAGGUUGUGCGUGGAAAGAUAUAUGAUUACUAUGUUGAGUCAUCUUCUCACUCUAUUACAGAUAUUAAUACGGUACUUUCUCAGUAUGAGAGGGACUUUGAAUCAAAGCCAGGGGAGUUUGGAAGCCAUGGCAGCAGUUUCAGAGAGUCUCCAUCGUCUUUAAACCCCAUCACUAUUCGUGAUCUGGUUUCACCACAAAGCACUGUUAAAGAUGCUUCCUCGCCAGGGUGCCUCAAGCUGAGAAAACCCCCAAGGCCUGUACUCUUACGCAAAGAGAGCUAUCUGUCUGCAGCACAGGAGUCUGAGCUUUCGAUCCCCUUUCUAACUUCAAGAGCCUCAACUCCAGUGACCCACUCUCGGGCUAUAGCUGGCGAUGAAUCUCUCUCUGUUCACCCAAUUAUCAGUCCUGCUACUGACAGCAAAAUCCUUAAUGUGAAGGAGGGGAUAGAUAGAGAGACUGCAGAAGGGGCUCCAUUUUUAGACUUUCAAGCAAAAAUUCUUGAUGACACAGAUUUAGAAGUCUUAAAGAGUAAGCUUGAUCUGGGUAAUUGUUUGGAGACACUGUGCCUUGCUAAGAAACAUGGCCAGACAUCUUUGCAGAAAGCAGCCCUGGGGGUCAUGUCUGAUAACUACCUCCAUGUGCUCAGGGAUCCCAGCCUUUAUGGGCGGCUAAUGGCUGGUGAGCGGGAACAAAUCCAGAGGCAAAGAAUGAGGGGGAAGAGGUUUGUCAUGGUUGCAGACAUGGAUCCUCAAGAUUGGGUCAGCAACACUGAAGGGCGCAGAGCAACAUCAGAGCAGAGGAGGACAUCAAGCGCAGUGUACUAUUAUGAUGACUACAAAGACACUUGGCAUACACUCUGCCUAAUCCCACAGGAGGUCAUCUCUAAAGCCUGUGCUAUGUGCACAAUGGAUAACUACUUAUUCGUGGCAGUGGGCUGCCAAGGCACUGACAGAGAAAUGACACCCUCAAAGCGAGUGUUCUGCUACAAUCCUUUGACAUCCAUUUGGAAAGAGAUCAGUCCUAUGAAUGAAGCCAGGCCCCGCUGCAAACUGGCAGCACUGGAGGGCUACAUAUAUGCAAUUGGAGGAGAGUGCCUCUCCACAGUGGAGCGCUACGACCCACGAUUGGACAGAUGGACAUUUGUGGCUCCUCUGCCUAAUGAUACAUUCGCUGUGGCACACCAUGUGACAGUGUGCGAUGGAGAGCUUUUUGUUUCUGGAGGAACUCUUAAAUACAUGCUACUACGCUACAACCCCAAAACUGACACCUGGAGGCCAAGUCUCAUAGUAGGCAGCAAAUACAAGACUGUAGAUAUUGUGGCUGUGGGAAGAUUUUUGUAUCGGUUUGAUGUCAACCCAGUCUUGGGUGUCAGUGUGUACCGCUACCAUACGGUGGCCCGACUGUGGUAUGAGUGCAGCUCCAAACGGAUUCUGCAUUGCCCUGCGUUUCAGUGUGUCGCGAUGAAUGACACAAUAUAUUGUGUCAGUCGCCACUUCACCAUGAAGUUCGAGGCUGAUGAGAUCUCUCCUGCUUUCAUAGAUGAGGAUUUGAGCAUACUCUCUGCAGCCAAGGGCACACUUUUCCCCUUUAUUCUUUCACUACCUGAUAAGAAGCCUCAGCAGACUAGUGUGUAAUGAGGAUUCAAUUUUCCAUUGAUGGUAAGAUUAGAUUGUGAUUGAGUAUCCUUACAAGAGCAUGCUUUACAUCAAGUUUAUUGUUGCCUGGGUGAGUUUUGCUUCGGUCAGGUUUAUGUUCAACUCAGCCCAGCCCCAAAUUUCAUUGCAAAAUUGCAACCACUUUUCUAUCAUUUUUGAAGUGUUAUAAAGAUUCCCUUUCCACAAAGCAAGAAAGCAUCUGUUUCUAAAAGUACUUUAUUUUUAUUGGAUUGCGUAUUACAGAAAGAAUUGUGUUUUCCUCAUGUCUCAUUCUUGGCAAUAGAUGUAAAUUAUAAGACUCUUAAUGGUAGUCAAACUACUGUUUACCUAGAUUUACACAGGAUGUGCUGCCAUUGAAACUGUUUGCUACUUUGAUUUGCAACUUCUUCUUGCUAUUAUGUUAGUUUUAUAUCAUCCCAGAUGCUUAAUCUCUUUAAUCCAAAGAUAAUUCAUAAAAAAGCAUCAGAGUAAACGAAAUCAUUCAGCGCUAACUGAACAAGAAUUUAACAAUAUAAUUUUAAUCUAUUACUGUGUCCCCUUGUGUAGGGCACAAAUAUAUUUUACACAGUGGCCUGAAUACAACGUCAUUACUUACAGUUGCUCUUUAGAUAUGACAUGAUGUAAAUGGGUAUGCCAUGCAAUAUAAAUAGGUAAGCUUCGAAAGCAUUUGUCACUGCACUGAAACACUCAGACUUGUAGUUAUUUCUGUCAUUUCAGUCACCUUCUAUGGUGGCAAGAAAGAUGUGUAUUUGUUUUCAAUGUGAAUAAGAUUAAGAACAUCCUCAGCUCAUUGUACCAAAUGAUAUCUUCACUUUGUUAUCUAUUGUUUUAUAAACAUCAGAGGAAUUUAGAAAUUUGUCAUUCAGUGAAUAUUAAUCCACACUUAGUGACUAAUUCUAUUAAGAUGUCUAUUCUGCUGUUUGUGUGACUUGUAAAAAGUAAUAGAAUAAUACAAGCUCAAUCUAAA